AUGGAUUCUUCACACCUUACCUCAGAUAUUCAAAUUCUAUGGCGCCUCCUCGAAUCAGUGAUUACGCCAUUUAUCGCCAACCUUCCAUACUAUCAAUCCACUAACACAAAUACCACAACCCAGCGGACUAUAGCUUUCUUGCGCUGUGCUCUGGAAUGGGUGGGAAGCAACCUCCGAUCCGAAAUAUAUUUCCCACAUCUGCAAGACCUGCCUAAAGAAAGCGGAUUGGAUAUUUAUGAAGCAUUCUGGGACGCUCUUGAGGCCCUGGAGCAGUCAAUUAGCGGGACAAUCCCACACCGCCAAAGUAGCCUGGAAGGCGAUGAGACGGUGACAUCCUCACCGACUUCUAAAUUCCCCUGCCUAUCAGCUCUACAAACUCCCAUACUCCAGAGUGAUGGAACUGGCCUUCCAAACCAGCCCGGAAUUCGUCCUCAGGCAAAUGAUUAUAAUUUCCAAGGGUUAGAAGAGCACCAGCUUUGUGUAUCUUGCGUGCGCCUGGAUACCCUACGGGAGACAAUAUCAACGAUAUUCCCUAAAAUUUUAUUUGAACCACAUGAAACUUCCCUAGAAGAUAGUAUUACCGCCGCAAAGUUAGCACGGGACUUUGGGAAAUCCGCCGAGGCUAUUUUUAGGGUAAUAGCAAGUCAAAUGGAUAAGCACUGUAAUAAAGGGCGUGACGGAUUUAUAAGGGUUCCAGUCGCCAAGACAUCACAUAUCGAAAUGCUGCUACCGGUAUGCGCCAAUGCUUUAGCCGGCCACUUACAUCCCACAUCUUGCUCUCUUCCAUUGUAA